ACUGUCUUGUAUCAUGUAUUGUUAGCAUGGGCAAUAUUUGCACAGAAGGAAGACUUAGCUUUAAUUUUUUGGUCAAAAUGUGAAAACCCAUUAUUAGCAGCAAUAAUGGCUAGCAGCAUACUGAACACUAUGGCUGAAAUGGUUAACAGUGCGAAAGAUUUAAAACUCAACAAUGAUCUAUUAAAACACUCCAGACUGUUUGAAAAACGAGCGCUCUUCCUGAUGGACUCUUUAUAUGAAGAAAAUGAAAUAGGCUGUAUGAGUUUGGUGAACACAGAAGACAAAGUUUGGGGAAUUCGUGUUGCUCCAGUGGAAUGUGCAUUUGAUAAUGGUAUGAUUGAUGUUGUUGGACAUCCAUGCGUACAGAGAUUAUUAAACAGAAUUUGGUAUAAAGAUACAGCAGCGAUGUGGCGUGAUUGGAUGAAGAAUGUGGUUCGUCUGUCUGGUGCUGCAUGGACAUCACCAGCUAUGAUGUUUAUGGUCCAUUAUCUUUUAAUGUUUGGAAUACUGAUAGCUUACAGUGCAUUCCUCUUAUCAAACGUAAAUGAUAGUGGUAUUGGAUUUUAUGAGAUGUUGCUGUAUUUCUGGAUCAUUGCAGAUGCUGUUGAAGAAAUAGUCAGAAACAUUGUGAUAACAGUACAAAGACAGAGAACACACAACCAAUCUCGUAAACUAUUUCGGUUAUAUUGUUACCUGACAAAUUUUUGGAAUGUUUUAGCAUUGCUGAUGUACAUUGUUAUAGUAUCUGCAAUACUUGUUCGUAUUUUCAAUGUUGGCCAGCGCAUGGAAAUCAGAAUUUAUAGUCUUGGAUUGUUCAUAAUUUAUAUGAGAUUCUUUCAUAGUUUGAUGGUUCUGAAAUAUUUCGGUCUAAAGCUCAUAAUGAUUGGCAAAAUGCUUAAGGAGCUGCUUCAAUUUAGUUGGAUCUUGUUUGUUUUUAUUGUGUGUGCUGGUGUAAUGUACCAUUCGAAUAUGUAUCCUAACCAUCGUGAUAUGUGGCCGAAAUUUGGAGCUGACUUAGAAAAUUGGCGAAUAUGGAAGAUCGUGUCAUUACCUUAUUGGCAACUUUACGGUGAAUUGUCGCUAGACCAGUUAAGAGGAGAAAACAAUGGUAAUGGAACUUCUUGUACAUCAGUUGAAUCAGAAUGGGAAAGUAACACCAACAUGGAGAGAUGUGUUGAAUACGACUGGGCCAUUAUGGUUAUAGCCGCCAUGUAUUUACUGAUAUCAAACCUCCUAUUGAUUAACUUAAUCAUUGCAUUGUUUAGCUAUCGGUUUGAAGAGGUGCAGAACAAUUCUGACCGAUUGUGGAAGUACUGGAGAUAUGCAAUCAUCAAAGAUUACAGCACAAGAUUUCCAGUGCCUAUCAAUGUGUUGUUACAUGUUGUCAAUGGCAUAGUUAUUGUAUGCAAAAGACAACGACAGAACGGUAAAACAGGAAAUAUUCGAGAGCAAAAAAGUGUAUCAAGAAAAUGCAUAGACGCUUGUUCACUCGAACCUGAAACACUAGUGCAGUUACAAGCAAAGUACGCCACCAGUCGUCUUUAUAGCGAAAUGACGACGAAUUCGAUGCAUUAAUAUUGAUGAUUAAUUAAAUCAAUAUUGAAGUUUAUCACCAGCUUUUCCAACGGUAGAUUUGUAUACAAUAUUACAAAUCUGUUACAUGUGUGGUAUUGAUUAUGUAGUAUGAAAUAAAACUUUUAAAUUAGGACUUUAAAGCAGAAAAUUCUGACAUCUAUCAAAGUUAAGAUUGAAGGCGCUACGUUUUAAUUAUUUCUUUCGGGAUUUAGCCGUAUCCAACCGACAUAUGUGGCACUAUUUUCUUGUUCUAGAAGUACAUGUAGAGAAAACGUUCUGACCCUUUAUUUUAAAUUAUAUGCAUCUUUUAUUUCCUUGUUCAAGUUGGUGAUCAUUCUAUUUGUAUUUGGACGAGUUUUUAUUUUAUUUGUGUCCUAUCUAUCUAAAUGACAAAUUGUGCAGAUAGGUUUGUUCCCUAUCUCUCCUAUUUCGUGCUGACAACAGUGUUUUCCUAACUCAUUGUCAUUUACUGGAUAUUCAUUUCAACAUUGAUGCUCCA